AUGUCGCAUGAUGAGGUAGCUAGGAGAGCGAUUAGGCACGCGCUGAAGGCUCUGCGGAAGCGGCACUUGCUUGAAGAAGGUGCUCAUGCUCCAGCGUACAUGGCUCUCGCCAAUCCGAUUUCUCAUCACGGAUCAGAGUGGAAGGACAAGGCAGAGACUUUGGAGCUGGAGCUUCAGCAGUGCUAUAAGGCUCAGUCUCGGCUUUCGGAGCAGCUUGUGGUGGAAGUAGCAGAGUCUAGGUCUUGGAAAGCUUUACUUGAGGAGAAAGAAGCAGCCAUUGCGGAACAGCUGAACGAGCUGACAAAGAAGAGGGACGAGUGCUCGCAGUCAAAGGCGGAGUUAGAGACCAAGAUUGAAGCUCUAGAGUUGGUUAUGAGUGAGAACAAUGAAAUACGAGCGCAGCUGGAAGAAAUGUCUGUUAGGGCUAAGAAUGCCGAAGCUGAAACUAAGGAGUUAAUCGACCGCUGGAUGUUGGAGAAGAUGAAGAAUGCCGAACGCCUAAAUGAGGCAAAUGCGUUAUAUGAAGAAAUGCUUGAGCGGAUCAGGGCCAGCGAUUUGCAAAGACUUGCCAGGCAGCAAGUAGAUGGUGUCGUCCGGCAAAGUGUACAAGGUGCUGACUUCUUUGUGGAGUCGACCAAUCCGUCGACAUGCAAGAACAGGAUCAAUGCCCACGAUGGCGGAUGUUCUUCCAUAUUAUUCGAGUACAAUUCAGGUAAGUUGAUCUCCGGAGGACAAGAUGGGACGAUUAAAAAGUGGGAUACAACUACAGGGGCUUUAGCUAAUACACUCCAUGGCUGCAUUGGUUCUGUUCUUGAUCUUGCCAUUACCCACGAUAAUAGAUCUAUCAUAGCAGCAACUAGUUCGAACAAAUUAUAUGUGUGGGAUGCUAACUCGGGAAGGGUUCGUCAUACUCUCACCGGUCACACAGAUAAAGUGACUGCAGUUGAUGUCAACAAGUUCUCAAGUCGACACAUUGUGAGUGCAGCUUAUGAUCGUACCAUAAAGAUUUGGGAUUUGCAAAAAGGCUACUGCACUAACACAAUCAUCCACCUCAAACACUGCAAUGCUCUCUCUUUCAGCAUCGACGGGCAGACGAUUUGCUCUGGCCAUCUGGACGGAAAUCUCCGGCUUUGGGAUAUUGAGAAAGGGAAGCUGCUAAAUGAAGUAGCCGCACACUCGAGUGCAGUAACAUCUAUAACUUUGUCACGAAACGGCAACAUGGUACUGACUAGCGGGAGGGACAACGUGCACCACCUCUUCGAUAUAAGAACCCUAGAAGUUUGCGGGACAUUUAGAGCUACCGGAGUCAGAGUAGCAUCGAACUGGAGCAGAUCAUGUAUGAGUCCAGAUGAUCAAUACGUCGGAGCUGGAUCUGCUGACGGUGAUGUGUAUAUUUGGUCUAUAGCAAAACCCGACAUUGUGAGCACCCUGAAGGAGCACACGAAUUCUGUCCUCUGCUGCUCAUGGAGUGGUCAUGGGUUACCUCUAGCUUCUGCUGACAAGAAUGGGAUCAUUUGUACUUGGACGUGA